AUGUUGGUCUCCCGGCAAUUAUCACUGUCGUCACGUGUCUUCAAAUCUAUGCAUCAAUACACCUCUCACGAGGUAAAAGCUCUCCGGAGGAACGGAAGCGUAAAGAUUCCUUUGCCAGAUGAUGAUCCCGCGGCUUUCACUAUCCUCAUGAACAUCGUCCACGCAAAGAAUAAAGCUAUCUCGUCGCAAAUAGACCUUCCUUUGGUGACCCAAUUUACUAUCUUGGUCGAUAAAUAUGAGAUGCAUGAAGCCGCAGGAUUUAUCGGAGAAAUGUGAGUUGACAAGUUGGCGAUGAAUCCACCGGAUGAUAUUGUAUCUAAAACUUGUAUGUUGGAUACAUGCCUGUUGGUUCUUUAGGAGGGAAGGAGAGUUUCCGAAGCAACCUUGGCUGCUUUGAAAUUCGCAUAAAAACUGGGAUUUCAUCGGAUGGAGGAAAAAUUGCUUUUUGAAUCCCUUCCAAUGUCAAAUGGGUUAUUGGUAAGACUUCUUCCCACGUACCAAUUCGUUGUGCUGGUAUGCUACAUGAUACUAACAUAGGUCACAGAGACAAUUGA